UGCAAACGAAGAACGACCAGCGUUACUAUGAGAACAGGCAGUGCUGUAACGUAUGUCCAGUAUCCUGUUUUGUCGAUUUUAUACAAAUAUUUAAUUAUAUGGAUUUUUUAGUUCCAACGGGAAUGUGUGAUGAUGAGGUAACAAUGAUAUUAGAACUCUUUAGAAUAGUCUGCUGGACUGCAUCUUUAAAAAAAGUGACUUUUACUAUAUCAAAUUGUAUGCCCCGCCUUCCCUUAUCAACUGUCCUCUGUCGGGGACUGUUUGAAGGCUCUUGAGCAGCUGCUGAGUGACUGACUUACAGGAUUUACUCGAUUUUUUUUCACUUUUCACUCACUUCCUGUAUCCCAAGUAAAAGAGACAAGCUACCUUACUUUCUUCACCUGGUUCAGUGUCUAGUCAAGCUUAAAGAGACAUGAAGAUUGCUGUGAUUGGACAGAGCUUGUUUGGGCAGGAGGUUUAUAAGGAACUGGUGAAGGAAGGACACCAGAUUGUGGGUGUUUUCACAAUCCCUGACAAAGAUGGAAAAGCUGACCCCUUAGCUACAGAGGCGGAGAAGGACGGCGUGCCAGUGUUUAAAUUCCCCCGAUGGAGGCUGAAAGGGAAGGCCAUCCCUGAGGUGGUAGAUCAGUACAAGGCUGUGGGAGCGGAGCUUAAUGUGAUGCCUUUCUGCUCGCAGUUCAUCCCCAUGGAAGUCAUUGACUUCCCCAAGCACGGCUCCAUAAUUUACCACCCUUCCCUGCUGCCUCGACACAGGGGCGCCUCGGCCAUCAACUGGACCCUGAUCCAUGGGGAUAAGAAAGGCGGUUUCACACUUUUCUGGGCGGACGAUGGGCUGGACACAGGCCCCAUCCUCCUGCAGAGAGAGUGUAAUGUGGAGCCCAAUGACACAGUGAACACCAUCUACAACAGGUUCCUCUUCCCAGAGGGGGUUAAAGGCACAGUGGAGGCUGUGAGACUCAUUGAACAGGGGCAAGCUCCAAGGAUAACACAGCCAGAGGAUGGAGCCACCUAUGAGGGAAUCCAAAAGAAAGAGAAUGCAAAGAUCAAUUGGGACCAGCCUGCUGAAGUUCUUCACAACUGGAUUCGAGGGAACGACAAAGUGCCAGGAGCCUGGGCAGAGGUGGAUGGCCAGAAAGUGACUUUCUAUGGUUCUUCAAUGAUGGACACCACUACUGUACCUGAUGGUCAGUCUCUUGAGAUACCAGGAGCCAGCAAACCAGGACUGGUUACUAAAAAUGGGCUGGUCUUGUUUGGUAAUGACGGCAAGAUGCUGUUGGUGAAGAACCUGCAGUUUGACGAUGGAAAGAUGAUUGCUGCAUCUCAGUAUUUCCACUCUGGCGACAGUGCCUCUGUGGAGCUGACAGAUCAAGAGAAGCGCUUUGCUGAAGAGUUACGGGCCAUCUGGAAAGGUAUUCUGACAAACGUAGAUGUAAUAGAACACUCAACUGACUUCUUCAAGUCUGGUGCAGCGUCCAUGGAUGUUGUAAGGCUAGUUGAGGAGGUGAAACUGAAGGGAGCUGGGCUGCAGAUCCAGAACGAGGAUGUCUACAUGGCCACCACCUUCCAGGAGUUCGUUCAGAUGCUUGUGCGGAAGCUGCGAGGAGAGGACGCAGAGGGGGAGCUGCAAGUCGAUUACGUUGAGAUGAAUGUGAACAACAUGACUGUCAAGAUGCCUCACCAGCUUUUCAUUAACGGCCAAUUUGUUGAUGCGGAGGGAGGGAAAACUUACCAGACCAUUAACCCUACAGAUGGAACAGCCAUUUGUAACGUAUCCUUGGCCCAAGUCUCUGAUGUUGACAAAGCUGUUGCCGCAGCAAAAGAAGCCUUUGAGAAUGGCGAGUGGGGAAAGAUGAAUGCCCGAGACCGAGGGAGGCUGAUUUACAGACUGGCUGACCUCAUGGAAGAGAACCAAGAGGAGCUGGCCACCAUUGAAGCCAUUGACUCAGGUGCUGUUUACACCCUCGCUCUGAAGACACAUGUGGGAAUGUCCAUCCAGACCUUCCGCUACUUUGCAGGCUGGUGUGACAAGAUACAGGGCAGUACCAUCCCCAUCAACCAAGCUCGGCCCAAUCGAAAUCUGACUUUCACAAGGAGGGAGCCAAUCGGGGUGUGUGGAAUUGUUAUUCCAUGGAACUACCCCCUCAUGAUGCUGGCCUGGAAGGCAGCUGCCUGCUUAGCUGCUGGCAACACAGUUGUAUUAAAACCAGCCCAGGUCACCCCACUUACUGCUAUCAAGUUUGCAGAGCUAACCGCAAGGGCAGGAUUUCCUAGGGGAGUGAUCAACAUUCUCCCUGGAGCAGGUUCCCUGGUAGGACAGAGGCUUUCAGACCAUCCAGAUGUUCGCAAAAUAGGGUUUACAGGCUCCACUCCAAUAGGAAAACAAAUUAUGAAAAGCUGUGCAGUGAGCAAUGUAAAGAAGGUGUCUCUGGAGCUGGGAGGGAAAUCCCCACUCAUUAUAUUCAGUGACUGUGACAUGGACAAGGCUGUGCGCAUGGGGAUGAGCUCUGUGUUCUUCAACAAAGGAGAAAACUGUAUUGCUGCUGGCAGGCUUUUUGUGGAAGAAUCAAUUCAUGAUGCGUUUGUGAGGAGAGUGGUGGAGGAGGUGAAGAAAAUGAAAAUUGGGGACCCCUUGGACAGGUCAACUGACCACGGCCCCCAAAAUCACAAGGCCCAUCUUGAGAAGCUGAUCCAGUACAGCCAGACUGGGGUGAAGGAAGGAGCCCAUCUGGUAUAUGGAGGCAAGCAGGUAGAUCGCCCAGGGUUUUUCUUCGAGCCCACAAUAUUUACCAAUGUGGAGGACCACAUGUACAUUGCUAAGGAGGAGUCCUUUGGGCCCAUCAUGAUAAUCUCCAGAUUCGAAGAUGGAGAUAUUGAUGGCGUUCUGAAACGGGCCAAUGAUACAGAGUUUGGCCUGGCAUCUGGAGUGUUUACCAAGGACAUCAACAAAGCGCUGUACGUCAGUGAGAAGCUGCAGGCAGGCACAGUGUUUAUCAACACCUACAACAAGACAGAUGUGGCAUCUCCCUUUGGAGGCUUCAAGCAAUCUGGCUUUGGAAAAGAUCUGGGUGAAGAAGCACUUAAUGAAUACUUGAAGACGAAAGCUGUGACUAUAGAAUACUAACAGACAAGGACACAUACUGUCAAUUCUCCAGAGCCAGCGCUACAUAAUCUAAACACAAGAGAAACUAACAAAAUAUUUUUUUUCUUUGUUUUUAAUUUUUUUCCCCAAAAUACAUUUGAAGCACAUUUGUCUGGCACAGAUCCCAAAACUCCUCCUGUCCUUCAGUGUAAUUCUUUAUAAGUUUAUUUUGGGUUUUACCAUUUACAAAAAUCAGAACUUAAAGGUAAGAAAUGUGACGGGACGAUUUGGUCAUUCUAGUAUGUUUGGAUGCUAGUAGAUAAUUUGAAGAUUUCAUCAGACAAGAUGGGUAUCUCAUUUUAGACUUCCACAACACUUUUUGAAAAAAAAACCCCACCUUUGUUCUCAAGUUUAAAUGAAUGUACUUCCCCUUCAGAGAGAGGAUCAUUUUUUUUUGCCCUCUGGUUUAUGCUUCUUUGUUGAAUCCACCAAAUGUCCAUUGGGUAGACUUUGAGGAUUUUGAAUACUUGAAUUGCAUUCUCUGCUAGUCUUCUCUGCUCAAGAUUAUAAAGACCCAGAUCUUUUAACCUGUCAGAGUAGUGGACUCUUCAAGUUUAGAAAUAUACUGUAUCUGCUUACUCUUCUCUGGACACACACACCCCCCCUGCUGUACGGCCGAUUCCACAACAACUAUAAAUACAAUGACCAAAAAUAGUGCACACUGUUCUAUAUGAGGUCUUAUUAAUACAUUGUACAUAUUUAUAACAUAACAGCACUUGAUUUAAUUUCUACACUUUUGAACUAUAUAUUCUAAUAUUCUGCUUGCCUUAUAUUCCUUCCAUUUUUCUGUGAUUCCAAUGCCAUCAUGAUGCAUCAUCAUCUCAUGUAGAUUUUGUCCUAAAAUGAUUGGAGCUUCUGUCAUUUGGAAUUGAACUGUUUAAUAACCAAAAGAUUUGAUUAGAAGUUAAAUCUAUAACCUAUGUUUAGAAUGGACAAAAUACUGAAUGAUUAAAAUAAGUUUCUAAUUGUGUUCAAUAGAGCACUGUAUAAUAAUGUGAAUUUGACAAAAAUGGUUCAAAUUUAUCUGAAAGGACCCUGUUUUUGGAACUAUUGCUCAUAAUGGAUGAUGUAGAAGUGUUCUGUACUAAAAUGCAUUUAGUUUAGAAAAGUGAUCAGAAAUCAUAAUAACUAUAAUCCCAUAAAUGCCAUAUGCAGUCUUAUACAUAAUUUAAAAGCCUGUCAGAAUAUGUCAUUGAAGUCAUACUGUAAUUAAAUACUGUAAUACUGUAAUUAAAACCCCAUUAAAAUUACAGUUCACACUG